CGCGAGACGUGGGGAUGGGCCGCGACCCGCGAGCCCAAAACGUCACGCCCCUCUCUCUCUGCCGCCCCGGCAGCGUAAGCCUCCUUCCUUUCCCUUCCCAUCUCGCUCGCCCACCAAAGUUUCCCUCACCUACUACGCAUUCCCCCACCCCUCUUCCCGGUUCCUCCCCCAAAACACCAACCAGAUCUACCACGCCUGCUCGGCCUUAGGAGCUUCUUGGGCCGAGCCCUAGCUAAUCCGGACUCCGGAUCUCGGCCACCUCCUCCUCCUCCUCCUCUUUCGUGAGUUCCAGCUGCUAGCCUUUCAGCAUGGCUGAGGAAACCGCCAAUGACAAUCAGGUGGCCCAAGGUAAUGAGAUUGUCCCAAGCAAUGAGGCAGUCCAAGUUGAGGAAUUGGUCCAAGGUGAUGAACUGGCUCAAGGUGAUGAGUUGACCCAAGGUGACGAGUUGGUGCAAGGAAAUGAGUUGGUCGGUGUUGAGGCGACCCCUCCAACCACAUCCAGACGCCGGAGAAAGAAGUCCUUGGUUUGGGAGCACUUCACUAUUGAAGCUGUUUCUGGUGGGGCCACACGGGCGUGCUGCAAACUCUGCAAGCAAACCUUUGCCUACAGCUCUGGUUCAAAGAUUGCUGGGACUAGCCAUCUCAAGAGGCACAUCUCCUUGGGUUCUUGUCCUAAGAUAAAAAAUCAAGAGCAGAGGCUAGCACUUCCUUCAACAGGAGGGACUGACAAUGAUGGUGAGGGAACUGUGGAGCGCCCAUCCAAGAGACGCUACAGAUAUACUGGUUAUGCAAAUGCUGCUUUUGAUCAAGAUCGCAGUUGCUCGUAUCUAGCAAAGAUGAUCAUUCUACACGACUACCCAAUUCACAUUGUUCAACAGCCGGCAUUUGCCGCAUUUAUUGAGUCUCUGCAGCCGCGUUUCAAGGUCGUGGAUGUUGAUACAAUGGAAGGAGAAGUGUAUGGUGUUUAUCAGAAAGAAAAGGAAUACCUGAUGCAAGCAUUCAACACUAUGCCUGGAAGGAUCAGCCUCACUAUAGGACUGUGGACAACUAGUCAGACUCUUGGCUAUGUUUCACUUGCAGGGCAGUUUAUCGACUCCGAGUGGAAAGUACACCGAAGAAUGCUUAACUUCAUGAUGGUGUCUUCUCCUCAUUCAGAGAAUGCACUUAGUGAAGCAAUUAGCAUGAGCCUUUCUGACUGGAAUAUGAAGGACAAGUUAUUCACCAUCACAUUGGACAACGAAUGCUCCUCACAUGAUAUCUACAGUGCGAAUCUGAGGGAUCAUCUCUCCAACAAGAACAAUCUCAUGCUUAAGGGACAGCUGUUUGUUGUGAGGUGCUAUGCCCAUAUCCUUAAUGCAGUUGCACAGGAUGUCAUUGCUUCAAUUCAUGGUGUCAUCUACAAUAUCCGUGAAAGCAUAAAGUUUAUAAAAGCUUCUCCUACCCGCGAAGAGAAGUUUGCUGAGAUUGCUUUGCAGCUGGAGAUUCCCAGUACUAAAACCCUUUGUCUGGAUGUUACAACCCAGUGGAACACCUCUUAUCUGAUGCUGCUGGCUGCAUUGGAUUAUAAGCAGGCUUUCACUACACUAGAGACAUCCGAUGAUAACUACAAUGAAGCACCUUCGGCAGAGGACUGGAAGAAGGUGGAGGCUGCCUGCACUUAUCUGAAGCUACUGUAUGACUCUGCUCAUAGCAUCAUGGCUGCACCAAACCCAGCUGCAAACAUCUUUUUCCAUGAAGCUUGGAAACUUCAGCUAGAACUAGCUAAUGCCACAGGACAUGAAGAUCCCAUUUUCAGUAGCAUUGCCAAAGAUAUGCAUGAGAGGUUUGACAAGUACUGGAAAGAUUGCAGCCUCGUGUUAGCUGUUGCUGUUGUCAUGGAUCCGCGUUUCAAAAUGAAGCUUGUUGAGUUUAGUUACUCCAAAAUUUAUGGUGCUGAGGCUGCAAAGUAUGUUAAGGUGGUCAAUGAUGCCGUGCAUGAGCUGUAUAAGGAAUAUGUGGCUCAGCCGCUCCCACUGACGCCAGCAUAUGUUGAACAAGGGGAAAACAAUGAUGGCCCUGCGAAUGCGAACAACACUCAAGGAGCUGCUCCUUCUACUGGUGAUGGUCUUCUAGACUUUGAUAUGUACCUUUCUGAGAUUCAAAGUAGCCAGCCCUCAAAAUCUGAACUGGAACAAUACCUGGAUGAAUCCCUCACUCCGCGUAGCCAUGAGUUUGAUAUUCUGAACUGGUGGAAGCUCAACACAGUCAAGUUUCCAACCCUCUCUAAAAUGGCCCGUGAUAUCUUGGCCAUCCCAAUGUCCAUGGUAAGCAGUGGCAGCUCUGUAUUCGCUGCAGGAACAGGAAGCCGCAUGCUUGAUGACUACAGGAGCUCUCUGCGUCCGGAGAUUGUGGAGGCACUUGUCUGCGCGAAAGAUUGGCUUCAGUAUUCACCAGCUGCAACCGGGGCACCAGGUUCUGCGCUGGUCAAGGUGGAAGGAGCAGCAGCGUAGGUUCGCAGUAGUUAUCACUUGUUGAAGCAUGUAUCUAUUUAUCGCAACUGUGAGUGCAGUUAACUGUAGGCACAAUUUAGGCUGAGAUCGCGGACUGAUUGUGAUCUGUUUUGGUAUUUAUCUCACAGAGGUGUAAUUUGUCGUGUUGAACUCUGUUUAACUCGUCCCUGUUGCUAUGUGCUAGCUUUAAUUGUAUCAGCUGUGACAUUGCCCCUGAUGUGCGUGUACAAGCUGGGAGAAUGUAUCUGCUGAUUGCUUAUAUAAUUUGUACCUUGUUUUGAAUCCAGUGUAUGGAACAUGGGUUGAUGUUCAUUUGAAUGUGUAACUGUAGAAUGCUGUUUACUUUUA